AUGAGCAAGCCCACGGCGGUAGUGAUUGGUGCAGGCGUCGGCGGCGUCGCGGUCGCGACGCGACUUGCGAAGGCUGGCUACAAGGUCGACGUGUACGAGAAGAAUGAUUUUAUAGGCGGUCGAUGCAGUCUUAUCUUUGACGGCGGAUAUCGUUUCGAUCAAGGGCCGUCGCUGCUGCUGCUGCCCGACCUCUUCCGCGAGACGUUCUCCGACUUGGGAACCACGCUCGAGGACGCAGGCGUGCGUCUAGUCAAGUGCGACCCGAAUUACCUCGUGCACUUUCACGAUGGAGAGACUUUCAGGCUCUCGACCGAUCUGGCCGUCAUGAAGAGCGAGGUAGAGAAGGUCGAAGGGAAAGAUGGCUUCGAGAGGUACCUGAGCUGGCUGCAAGAGGCGCACAGACAUUACGAGCUCUCUGUCGAGCAUGUACUGAAGAAGAACUUCUACUCCUUCUUCUCACUCAUGCGGCCCUCUUUCCUACGACAUAUCCUCACCCUGCACCCGCACGUAUCCAUUUGGACUUGCGCCUCAAAGUACUUCAAGACCGAGCGCCUGCGGAGAGUGUUCACCUUCGGUUCGAUGUAUAUGGGUAUGAGUCCGUUCGACGCGCCAGGCACCUACUCUUUGCUACAGUACACCGAGUUAGCCGAGGGCAUCUGGUAUCCCAUCGGCGGCUUCAACGCUGUGGUCCAAGCUCUAGUAAACUUGGCCAAGACACAGUCACUCGACGUCUCUUAUCAUCUUUCUUCUCCUGUCGAGAGCAUCAACGUCUCCUUGUCCUCAGGCAAACCACGCUGCACCGGUGUAUCGCUGGAAUCCGGAGAGGCGGUUCACGCCGACAUCGUCGUCUGCAACGCGGAUCUGGUCUACAGCUACAAGGAACUCUUGCCUAAGAACGUUGAAGCUGAGCGAUUGGACAAGAAAGCGGGAAGCUGCUCUAGUAUCUCAUUCUACUGGUCGAUGAGUGAGAAGAUCCCAGAACUGGGCACCCACAACGUCUUCCUCGCUGAACACUACGAGUCUUCGUUCACGUCCAUAUUCGCCGAUCAGGAGCUACCAGUGGAGCCGUCGUUUUAUGUCAAUGUUCCCUCGCGUGUAGACAGCACCGCUGCGCCUGAAGGCAAGGAUGCCAUCGUGGUACUUGUUCCAGUCGGUCACCUGGGCGGACCACUCGGGUUACAGGAGGGCAGAAUGUCAAAAGUGGUUGAUAUCGCUCGACGACGGGUGCUCGCCACGAUAGAGGGCAGGAUUGGCCUGUCAAGUGGCGAGUUUCAGAAGAAGAUUGCGCAUGAGAUCGUCAAUACACCGGAGACCUGGCGCGAUAAGUUCAACCUCGAUAAGGGCGCGAUCCUAGGACUAUCCCAUAGUUUUUUCAACGUACUCUCUUUCAGGCCGCGGACAAAGCACCCCGAUAUAGACGGAUGUUACUUCGUUGGAGCCUCAACCCAUCCCGGUACCGGUGUACCUAUCUGCUUGGCGGGCGCAAAGAUCACCGCUGGCGAGAUUGUUGCUGACGCCCGCAACGAAUUGUUGUACCCUACGGCCAUCUACAAGCCAGGUCGCUCCUCAAUCGGGUUGGAUGCCGUCAACUCCUCCGGUCUAGGGAUGCAGCUUGUAACGGCGGUCCUGGCGGUGAUUUCCGCCUACGCUCUUUGGAUGCUAGCAACUGCGGGCGUCUUGUUUUCCCAGUAA